AUGGCCAAAGAUGAUGCUGGUUCGAGUGAAGUAAAGACCACAGCGUUACAUCCCGCAUACACUAUAACGAACAUCCACACCAAGAUACGAACUCUGGAUGGUGUCAAGGUCACGUACUCUUCAUGGACAAAACUGUUCCGUCUUCAUGCCAACGCUUACAAAGUUCUUGAUCAUAUCGAUGGCACCCCAGCACCAAAGGAAACUGAUCCCACUUAUCUUCAAUGGAUGGAAAUUGAUGCCCUUGUCUUGCAAUGGAUUUACAGCACAUUGUCCGACGAACUCAUGGUUCGAAUUCUGGAAAACGACACUACUGCUCAAGAUGCAUGGAACAAACUUAAAACAAACUUUCUUAACAAUAAGGGAUCACGUGCUGCUGCCCUUGAACAAGAAUUUUCUAAUCUCACCUUGGCUGCGUGUUCAUCCAUGGAAGCCUACUGUCAAAAAUUAAAAGAUCUAGCAGACCAACUGGAAGAUGUUGACAAUCCUGUCACUGAAGCAAGACUUGUUUUGCAGAUGGUUCGCGGGUUACCACCAGAAUUUGAUGUGGUCGGGGCGUAUAUCAAUCAAAGCUCUCCAUCAUGGGAGACUGCUCGUAGCAUGUUGCAACUGGAACAACACCGACAAACAGCUCGGCAAAAUCAAACUCACACAGUCCUCGCUGCUUCUUCUGAUGACCGAUCAUCUCAAAAUUCCACACCCGGUCAACAUGGUCAAACUCACCCCUUCAACAACUACUCAGGUAGAGGUGCAGGCAGCCGUGGUCGAGGUCCACCUGGUCGUAGUCGUGGCAGAAGUUUCCGGGGUCGUGGAGGUCGAGGCUAA